UUAUCCUGGAGGGAGAGAGUGUGUGCAGGAGGAGAAUAUGUCUAUGCCUGCUGCAGGGGGUUUGUCCCCUCCAACCGCGUCCCCCUGUGGCUGAGACAGAAGCGACAGCACAGACCCCCCCCCCCCUCCCGCUGCUGGAACUCCCACUCUGGGAGCAGUCCUGCAGUUAAAGAGCCCCCACCUCCCCCUCCAACAACAAUCCAGUUGGAAGCUGUGAAUUCCCAGCUGCUGAACCAUCAAGGUCACAUUUGAAGUGAAAUGAGUUCGAACUGACUGACUUGCUCCAAGUGCAGAUGGAAAUACAGUGAGCCGCCUCUACCACCAGUAAGUGCUUCAUAACCCGCCCAAACGCUGCAGCCAUGUGGAAACUCAAACCCCCACUGGAAAUGCCGCUCAGUCUCAAGUACAAGCACAUUUUGGAGCAAUUAAUGCCAAGUGAUCCUACAAUUUCACUUAAUCUUAAAAAAUUGUCGGCUGAAGAAGAAUUUCCAAACUUGGCCAGAAAUCAGACUUAUAUGGCAAAGGUUCUUACAAUUCAAAUGUACAAGAGACUGAGGGCCAGAGCAACUCAAAGUGGCUUCACACUGGAUGAUAUCAUCCAACCUGGUGUUGAUAAAUCUGAAUAUUCUUCCACUAGAACUGUGGGUUGUGUGGCUGGAGAUGCAGAAUCAUAUACUGUGUUCAUGGAGUUCUUUGAUCCUCUUAUUGAACUUUAUCAUCGUGAUUAUCAACUAAACAGAAUGCACAGGAGCAACUUGAAUCCAGAAAACCUAAAGGGUGGAGCUGAUUUAGAUGAACUCUAUGUGUUGAUCUGUCAAGUGAGCACAGGACGUAAUGUGGAUGAUUUUUGUUUCCCACCUCACUGCAGCCGUGGAGAGAGACGUGCACUGGAAAAACUUGCCAAAGAAGCCCUCAGUGCAUUAGAUGGUGAAUUUAAGGGAACGUAUCAUUCGCUGAAGAACUUAAGUGAGGAGAAACUUCAGAAACUGACUGCUGCUGGAAUCCUUACUGAUAACCUUAUUUCUCCAAUAAUGCUUUCAUCUGGUAUGGCCAGAGAUUGGCCAGAUUCUCGGGGAGUCUGGCACAAUGAUAUGAUGAAUUUUAUUGUCUGGGUCAAUAAAGAAGACCAUCUUCGCAUUACUUCCAUUCAAGAUGGUGGAAAUAUGAACCAAGUGUUUACACGCUAUUGUUUGGGUCUUAAAAAGCUUGAAGAAAUAUACCAGCAGAAAAAACACCCCUUCAUCUGGAAGGACAAUUUAGGAUAUGUGUUAACCUGUCCUUCAGAUCUUGGCACUGGUAUGCGGGCAAGUGUCCUUGUUAGACUGAAGUACAUCAGUAAACAUCAGAAGUUCGGUGAGAUCUUGCAGAGAUUACGUCUAGAAAAGAAGCCUACUGGUGCUGUGAAUGCUUCUGCUGAAGUCUGGGACAUUUCCAAUGCAGAUCGAAUUGGUUUCUCAGAAGUGGAAUUGAUGCAGUUGCUAGUUGAUGGCAUUAAGCUGCUGAUCAACAUGGAUAAACAUAUUGAACAAGGGAGACCUAUUGAAGAUCUUUUUCCCACUCAGAAGCAGAUGGACAUACAUGAAUAAUUAUUUACAGCAUAGAGAUGGAAAUUAAUAUUUCAGAGGAAGGAUUCCUGCAAAAAAUAACCUAUUGAUACAAAUAAAUAUGCUUCUGAAAUAAAACUAAUUUACAAAUGAGAACUGUUACAUAUUAAUUAUACAUUUUUAAGAUUUCAAUACUUUUGAAUGUAAUUUUCUAUACAAAGAUCAAUAUCCAGGAAUAAGAAAUGUGAUUCUUACACUACUGUCAGCAAAUCGCAGUGAGCUAGAGGCUCACAGGAAUAAACUGAUACAUGAUAAAAUGUAGCUUUGGGUAUCUAAAGUGAUCUCUAACAAAUCAAUACAUGGUUUCUAGUGUGAUUUUUUUUCGCCAAAUUACUUUUGAAAGAAAUAACAUCUUGCUAAAGGUACAAUUCCAUGGAUCCCAACUGCUCUUAAGAACCCCAGCAUUAUUCGUUUCUGCCUUGACAGUUAAAUCCAUCAAGUUGUUCUCUGCUAAACGCGUAGACUGCAGAAGUUUCUGCAUAUUCAUCCAAAGCAGAUACUCUGGCCAGUUUUCUAAAGAAUAGACACAUUGAAGGCAUUUGUCUAAGCACAUCUUAGCACAGACUGCAAAUUCAAACAGAUAUUCUUCAUUUGUAUGAAUUCAAUGAAUUGCGAGUGAGAAUUUAAAAUAUCUUAAUGCAUUCUUGUGGAUUGAGGAACAGGAAGAGGAUCUUCAAAUCUUCUUGUCUUUGUCAUUUUAACAAGUGCUUAAAGAAUAACUACCAGCAAGCACUGGACUU